AUGCCUUGUUUGUCUUGUAAAAACUUCAACUUACUUGCCAUCCGAAAUAAAGUAAUCGAACUACUGAAAAAAGUGACACAAAUAUCUGGGGUGAAGGCAAUGUAUAUUCUCCUCUUUUUCGGGUACAGUCUGAUUGUUUACAUCUUCAGCGACUUCAUCAGUAAAAUGCGUAUCGCAAGUUGGUCGAUGGGUAAUAGUAUUUCAAACUACAUCUUCUUCUGCGCAACAAGUUCUGACGAUGAAACGUUUGCCGAAUGCUUUUCGCAGGUCAUCUUAUCGCGAUGCAUGGAGGCGUACUUCUGUUUCCACAUGAUCCUCUUCGCCAUUUCAUUUUUCAUACAAAAUGAAUCGCCAAGAUCGCCAUUUGUAUUAUUCCAUGACGGGUAUUGGUUCUUCAAAAUAGUGUUAGUCACCCUUCUCUCAACAAUGACAUUUUUGUUACCAACGUGGGUCCACACAGUCUUCAAUUAUUUAGCCGCCGCUGGGGCUGUUCUUUUCUACUUGUAUACGCUCAUUUCGUUUCUCAACUUCGCUGCAAUUUUCAAUGUUAAAAUGGUGAAUAAGGUUAACACUAAAAGGUGCUUAGAUCCAUAUGUAGUGUUAUUACUUGGAUCCUCAGUGUUGGCAUUUUCAUUAAUGUUCAUUCUCUCCAUUUUCACGUUUGUAAAGUUCACCUCGAUAUCGACUGGUAAAGGGACUUGUAAAUCAAAAGUGUACAACGGACUGUUUACCGCACUUAAUAUGGUCAUCUCAAUCAUUUCGACGAUCAUCUCGAUGCUACCACGAGUGAGAGAGUACAAGCCAACGUCCGGUAUUUUCCAGUCGAGUGUUGUUGCAGCAUACACUUCGUAUUUGUUGUUCACUGCAAUCACCUCACAGCCUUGCUCUGAAUUGAACGGAUGUUGGGAAGUCACCGACUGUGCUGAUAAUUCGUCGCUUAUGUCCAACUACGAUUGGAUGUCGUUCCUCGGCAUCUUCUUCACUGUUGCUGUUGUGGCUUACCAGGCUUAUAGAAACUCGAAUGAGAUAUCAGAGACUUCGAUAAUUGAUGACCAUUUACCCGACCAGGCGGAUACAUUGACUGGCAAAAUCCAGAAGAGAUAUGUCUAUUGGAAAUUUCACAUGGCAAUGUGCGUUGCGACACUUUUCAUGCUCCAAAACUUGAGCGACUGGUCGGUGUUUAAAUAUAACCCACCAAGAGUCGAAACGGGCAAAUACGCAUUCUUUGUGAAAGGAACAGUUUGCUUCCUUUGCCAUAUCCUCUACAUAUGGACCCUUGUAGCUCCAAUAAUCUUCCCCAAACGUAAUUUUAGUAAUAUCUAA